CGCUAGCAGGGCAGAGUGGAGCAGAGGCGCCUUAACAAAAGUAUCGUCCGAGAGACCCGCACGGAUUCAUAACUUUCUCUAGCACAAAUAUACCGAAGAAUGGAGUCGGAAUUAUGGAAUUAAAGUCGAGAGCACUUGCAAUGGGUGAUUUACUCGCGGGAUUACUUCUGUUCGGUAGUUUGCUCUCUGUAGUUGAUGGGUCUCCUCUGCUGCUGUUUGCUAACCGGCAGGACGUCAGGCUGGUGGACGCCGGGGGGCCGAGGGCAGAGUCCUCCGUGGUGGUCAGCAGCCUGGAGGACGCAGCAGCUGUGGACUUCCUGUACUCAGAGGGACUCAUCUUCUGGACGGACGUGAGCGAGGAAGCCAUCAAACAGACAUACUACAACCAGUCCACCAGAGCAGGGAAGGACGGUCUGGGUGCGGGUCAGACAGUGGUGGUGGCUGGACUGGACUCCCCGGACGGCCUGGCAUGUGAUUGGCUGGGCCGUAAACUCUACUGGACUGACUCUGAGACCAACCGAAUCGAGGUGGCCAAUCUGGACGGGACAUCCCGGAAGGUUCUGUUCUGGAUGGACCUUGACCAGCCCAGAGCCAUUGCCCUGAACCCUGCCCAGCGCUUCAUGUACUGGACGGACUGGGGAGAGGAGCCCAGAAUCGAGAGGGCGGGGAUGGACGGCAGCAACAGGAAGGUCAUCGUGGAGGCGGAGCUCUACUGGCCAAACGGACUGACCAUUGACCUGGACGAGCAGAAGUUGUACUGGGCCGACGCCAAGCUGAGCUUCAUCCACCGAGCCAACCUGGAUGGAUCACAACGGGAGACGGUGGUUGAGGGAACCCUGACCCACCCCUUCGCCCUCACGCUGUCUGAGGAGACACUGUUCUGGACCGACUGGCAGACCAGGUCCAUCCACGCCUGCAACAAGCACACAGGGGAGAAGAGGAAGGAGAUUCUGAGCGGGAUUUACUCUCCCAUGGACAUCCAGGUGCUGGGUCCGGAGAGACAACCUAACAUCCAGACCCCCUGCGAUGAGGAGAAUGGAGGCUGUUCCCACCUGUGUCUUCUCUCCCCCCUGCAGCCCUUCUACAGCUGUGCAUGUCCCACCGGGGUCAAGCUGAAGGAGGACAGCAAGACCUGCAUGCCAGGUGCUGAGCAGGUGCUGCUCCUGGCUCGUAGGACUGACCUGCGCCGCAUCUCCCUGGACCUCCCUGACUUCACCGACAUCGUGCUGCAGGUGGACGACAUCCGGCACGCCAUCGCCGUCGACUAUGACCCCGUGGAGGGCCACGUGUACUGGACGGACGACGAGGUGAAGGCCAUCCGCAGGGCGCGCAUCGACGGCAGUGAGGCCCAGACGCUGGUGACCACGGAGGUGAACCACCCUGACGGCAUCGCUGUGGACUGGGUCGCACGCAACCUGUACUGGACCGACACGGGCACCGACCGCAUUGAGGUGACCCGGCUGAACGGCACCUCCAGACGGAUCCUGAUCUCUGAGAACCUGGAGGAGCCCAGAGCAAUUGUGCUGGACCCUGUUAACGGCUACAUGUACUGGACUGACUGGGGAGAGAACCCCAAGAUUGAGCGGGCCACUCUGGACGGCAGUGAACGUCUGGUGCUGCUGAACUCCUCCCUGGGCUGGCCCAACGGCCUCGCCCUGGACCACGCUGCUGGGAAGCUGUACUGGGGCGACGCCAAGACUGAUAAGAUAGAGGUGAUGAACGUGGAUGGCUCUGACAGGAGGGUGCUCCUGCAGGACAAGCUGCCCCACAUCUUUGGCUUCACGCUGCUAGGUGACUUCAUCUACUGGACCGACUGGCAGCGCAGGAGCAUCGAGAGGGUGCACAAGACCCAGGCUAUACGAGAGAUCAUCAUCGACCAGCUGCCCGACCUUAUGGGCCUGAAGGCCACCAGGGUCACAGAGACCUUUGGUACCAACGGCUGUGCGGAGGUCAACGGGGGUUGCAGCCACCUGUGUUUCCACCGUCCGCAGGGUCUGCGCUGCGCAUGCCCCAUGGGCCUGGAGCUGCUGAGCGAUCUGCACACCUGCGUGGUUCCUGAAGCCUUCCUCCUGUUCACCAACCGGGCCGACAUACGCAGCAUCUCCCUGGGCACCAACAGCAACGAUGUGGCCAUACCACUCACCGGCGUCAAGGAGGCCUCCGCACUCGACUUUGACGUCUCCGAGAACCGGAUAUAUUGGACCGAUGUCAGCACCAAGACGAUCAGCAGAGCCUUCAUGAACGGAAGCUCUGUGGAGCACGUCAUCGAGUUCGGCCUGGAUUACCCAGAAGGCAUGGCGGUGGACUGGAUGGCCCGGAACAUUUACUGGGCCGACACCGGCACCAACAGGAUCGAGGUCUCCAGGCUGGAUGGGCAGUACAGGCAGGUCCUGGUGUGUAAGGACCUGGACAACCCUCGCUCCCUCGCCCUGGACCCUGCCAGAGGGUUCAUGUACUGGACAGAGUGGGGCGGCAGGCCUCGCAUCGCCCGUGCCCACAUGGACGGCAGCAGCAUCGUCACCCUGGUGGACAAGGUGGGCCGGGCCAACGGCCUCACCAUUGACUACACUGACCAGCGACUGUACUGGACCGACCUGGACACCUGCAUGAUUGAGUCCACCAACAUGCAAGGUCUUCAGAGGGAGAUUGUAGUGGAUGACUUGCCCCACCCGUUUGGCCUCACCCAGUACCGGGACUACAUCUACUGGACGGACUGGAACCUGCGCAGUAUUGAGCGCGUGGACAAGCGCAGCGGUCUGAACCGCACCGUGGUGCAGGGCCAGCUGGAGUACGUCAUGGACAUCCUGGUCUUCCACUCCUCCCGCCAGAACGGCACCAACCAGUGUUCCCAGGGCAACGGGAACUGUGCCCACCUCUGCCUGGCGUCUCCCUCUGGAGCCCAGUGCCGCUGCGCCUCCCAUUACACCCUGGACCCCAACGGACGCAACUGCAGCUCUCCCUCCAGCUUCCUGCUGUUCAGCCAGAAGACCUCCAUCAGCAGGAUGGUUUUGGGGGAGCAGAGCCCGGAUAUCAUCCUGCCCAUCCAUGUUCUGAAGAGUGUUCGGGCCAUCAGCUAUGACCCCCUGGAGCAGCUGCUGUACUGGGUGGACGGGCGGCAGAACAUCCGCCGUGCACGCGACGACGGCACGCAGUCCUCCGUGGUGGUGUCCACCUUGCCUCCAGCCCCCCAGCAGAGCUCAGAGAAGCAGCCCCAUGACCUGAGUGUGGACCCGUACAGCCGGCGCCUGUACUGGACAUGUGAGACCACGAACACCAUCAACGUCCAGCAUCUGGAUGGGGAGGCCCUGGGGGUGGUGCUCAGGGACGAACACGACAAGCCCCGAGCCAUCGUCGUCAACGCAGAGAAAGGGUACAUGUACUUCACCACCAUGCAGGAGCGCUCAGCCAAGAUCGAGGGGGCGUCUCUGGACGGGACGGAGCGAGAGUCUCUGUUCACCACGGGGCUGAUCCGGCCUGUGUCCCUAGCGCUGGACAACAAGCUGGGAAAGCUGUUCUGGGUCGACGCCGACCUCAAACGCAUCGAAAGCAGCGACCUCACCGGAGCCAAUCGCAUUGUGCUCCAGGACUCCAAUAUCCUGCAGCCUGUGGGGCUGACCCUGCUGGGGGAGCACCUGUACUGGAUCGACCGGCAGCAGCAGAUGAUCGAGCGCGUGGACAAGCUGACGGGCGAUAAGCGGACAAGGAUCCAGGGACGCAUCAUCUACCUGACCAGCAUCCACGCUGUGGAGGACAUGGAGCCGGCAGAGUUUGUGUCUCAUCCCUGUUCCCGUGACAACGGAGGAUGCUCCCACAUCUGCAUCGCCAAAGGCGAUGGGACGCCUCGCUGCUCAUGCCCGAUGCACCUGGUACUGCUGCAGGACCUGCUCCACUGUGGAGAGCCCCCCACCUGCUCCACAGAGCAGUUCACUUGUGCCACGGGGGACAUUGACUGCAUCCCGCUGGCCUGGCGCUGCGACGGCUUCCCAGAAUGUGACGAUAACAGUGAUGAGGAGAACUGCCCUGUCUGCUAUGCCUUCCAGUUCCAGUGUGACAAGGGUCAGUGUGUUGACGCCCAGCUGCGCUGCAACGGCGAGCCCGACUGUGCCGACCACUCAGACGAGCAGGACUGUGACAUCAUCUGCUCUCCGGGCCAGUUCCGCUGCCUGAACAACCAGUGCAUCCAGAAGAAGCAGCAAUGCGACUCCUACAGCGACUGUUCUGACGACUCUGAUGAGCUGGGCUGUGGAGACUUCCUGGUGCCGUCGUCCAGCGACCUCCCUCCCCACUCCAGCACGGUGGGCCCGGUCAUCGGCAUCAUUCUGUCGGUGUUCGUCAUGGUGGGCGUGUACUUCGUGUGCCAGCGCGUGGUGUGUCGGCGCUACAAGGGGCCUAAUGGAUCCUUCCCCCACGAGUACAUCAGCGGGACGCCCCAUGUCCCACUGAACUUUAUCACCCCCAGCAGCUCCCAGCACGGCACCUUCUCAGGUAUCUCGUGUGGGAAGUCCAUGCUGGGCAGCAGCAGCAGCGGAGCUCCGCUCUACGACAGGAACCACCUGACCGGAGCCUCCUCCAGCAGCUCCUCCAGCACCAAGGGGACUUUCUAUCCUCAGAUGCUGAACCCUCCUCCGUCCCCGGCGACAGAUCGCUCCCUCUACAACGCAGAGGGCUUCUACUCCUCCAACAGCCCCUCCACCACCAGGUCCUACAGGCCGUACCUGAAGCGCGGAGGGGCUCCCCCCACCACCCCCUGCAGCACCGACGUGUGUGACAGCGACUACACCACCAGCCGCUGGAAGAGCAACAAAUACUACAUGGACCUGAACUCAGACUCCGACCCCUACCCCCCGCCCCCCACCCCCCGGAGCCAGUACCUGUCAGCAGAGGAGAGCUGCCCCCCCUCCCCCUCCACGGAGCGGAGCUACUUCCACCUGUGCCCCCCUCCCCCCUCGCCCUGCACCGACUCCUCGUGACAGCUGGAGAAUGUGAUUCAGCCUGUAAAUAAUGUUUAAAUACGAACAUAUGAGAUGAUUCUAUAGUAUUCAUGCCUCCAUCUUGGUGUGGUGAGAGGUGGGGGAAGGGGUCUGUCUCAGAUCUCUUAAACAGUGUGAAUCUUACCACUUUUCAUCAUGUUGCCAUUGGGUGGAAACCCUCCAAAUUAGAUUUUCGAAAUAGAUACAUUUCUACCUAUCAAAAUUUGCCUGCACCUUUCAGCAGUUAUAAAUGUGGCUCUUAGAAAGCUGGAAACACGAGCACACUGUAAUAUACCUUUCCAAAUCAAGAUGAAAAAUACCAAAUGAGCCUCUUAGAAAAAGAAUUGUAAAUAUUUGUAAUUAAACGUAAAUAAUUGAUUUCUUUGAGUUCAUUAUAGCCAUGAGAUGUUCUUAUUAAUUAUUAUCUUUGUGAAUCUGAAUUGGUCCCAUGCAGAAGUUUUGUUUUCCAGUUUGCUGCUACUGUACAUAUAUGACUAUGAGUUAUGGUUUUAAAAAACACUUAUGAUUUAAAUAUUACAACCAACAGUAGAUCAUGAAGCUAUUUUACUUUUUAAACAAAUUGUAUUAUUCUUAUAGCAAUGUUGCAAUUGUUGUAUGUAGAGCAGUAUGUAUGUAUUCUUGUUUAUAUGGGAACGUUUCAUAUUUUGAAGGAGUUUCUGUCUAGAAUAGAUUAGAAACAGCUUCAUCCUUGAUGCAGUUGUGAGUUGAGGGAUCCAGGGCCGACAACCCUGGUGUUGCAUCCAGACAUUUACACCCUGUCACUUUAUCAUGUCAUUGAUGUAUGCUAUACAUUGAGCCAUCUCUCAGAAAAUACAGUCAUCCAACAAUCUUAGAAAUAAAUGUUUUUCAAUUGUCCUGAGGAAGAUAGACUAAUAUCUCCCAAUAUCCAGCUAGUCUCCCGUCUGUGAAACAUGCUCAAUGUGCCUCACUAUGUUCUCUGAACAGGGCUGUCCUGUUAGAGUGAGCACUUACUAAAGAAUGUUGUAAUCACGUUUAUGAAAACUAAAUUUUACAAUUAAUGAAUUGCUAUUAAUUUAAUUGUAAACCCACCACAAGAGUUCAUAACAUUGCAUCAGGUUGUAGUGUUAAGAUUUUAACUUGACGAUCUACAUCCCUGUUAGGAACCCUGCUAGGGCUAGAUUAGCCCGGCUAGUUCUGGUGUGUGGAGCCGAUAGGAACACACGCUGCUGCAGCUGUUCUGUCACACAGAGGACAGCAAAGCAUCUUUUCAUCCUGAGUGCUGCUCAGUGAUCCUCACUUCUCCCAGGACAGGAGACACCCACUGUGCCAGUAUAGCAAGGCUCUUGAAACAAACUGUGUAUUGUCUUUUGUCUGUAAAUGCCUUCUGUAAUUUACACUUGUGACAAUUUUUGUAUCAAAACAUUUUAUAUAAUAAAGGUUCUAUUUUAAAGAA